CCGAACCCGAAUUGAAUACAGGUUCUAGACAAUACGGGUCAAUUGAAUCCGAAUUGAAUCAGGUCCGAGGCAAUAAGAGCCGCCGGUGUGCCCUUUCGUCUUCAGGUCCUCUUCCAGCUUGAAGUUCUGCAAUGGCGGAGGGAGAAGAAGAAGAUUACAUGGGAGAUCUUUUUCAGUUUCUUCCUCCAGAAGCCUCUCUACCAUCUGAAAAGGUUUCUUGCAGUAAGACCACCGUAGUUUCAAAAUCUUUAAACAAGCGUAAACCCCUUAGUUGGCAAGAACAGAAAAAACUCAAACGACAACAAAAGCAAAUCGAAGAGGAUCGACAAACUCUUGUCAGCUUAGAAUCGGCAAUUCCGGAAUCAAACAUUGGGUUCAAGAUGUUGAAACAAAUGGGGUAUGUUCCCGGAUCAACAUUAGGAAAGGAUGGCUCAGGAAGGGCUGAACCAGUGGCAUUGGAAAUUCGAAGGGGUCGUGCUGGGCUUGGGAAGGAAGAUUCCAGAUUAGAGAAAGCAAGGAAAGAAAAAGAGAAGUUUGAAAGUGGGCAAAAGAAGGCCGAAGAACUUAUGGUAGAUUUUGAGCAUCGCCAAAAGGAGAGGUGGAAAGGGAGGAGGAUUGUUGUCAAUUUUCAUAAAGCCGAAGCUGUAUUAGCUCAGUUGGAUAAUAGAGAGAUCAUACAAGAGGAUACAGAAGAAAAGGAAGGAGAAGGAGAAGAGGAAGAAGAAAUCAUCACUGAAGAGGAUUUGCUAAAGAUAUUGAUGAAAUUGAGAGAUGAAUACUAUUACUGUCUAUUCUGUGGAUGCCGGUAUGAUUCUUUGGAAGCACUUGAGGACAACUGCCCUGGACUAUUCGAAGAAGACCACUAGACGAUUUAAUCUCUUGGAGGGGAGGCGUGUGUUUCAGGGACAGUUUAGAACUUAUAUUUAAAUCAAUUCUGAUUAUAUCCCUUUGGUGGUGGAAGGGGUGAGGGCUUCAAAGCUGAUCAAGAUCCCAUCAUCUGUGUAACUAUCUAUGAAUAGUUGAAUACUCAGCUCAUUUUGUACAAAGCAAAUGCAGUAGUAAGAACUUACUCCAUCUUAGAUGAUCAGCUCAUACAAUCUCAGAUGUACAACAAAUGUCAAAAUAAACACUGUUCAUACAA